AUGUCGUACGAGAGAGUAAAUUAUGACCCUCAGUUUAAACCUGUUCAAAACAUUUUUGAGGACAGACUGAGGCAAUUUAUAAGAAAAGGCGGUGAUUAUUGUGAUUUGAAUUUACCGAAGUUCUACGAUAAACAGAGAAUAUCACUCGACCAAAAUUCAGUAAAGGCCCUAUGGUAUCAAGUCCCUUUUGAAAAGGGUAGCUCUCCUGUAUCUCCUGAUAAAAGACCAUCGUGGAAAUCAAUACUUGAUGCCGACAGAAAGAACAACUUGACUUGGCAGGAAUGUUAUAAGGGACAACCUUUUGGGCCAAGUUGGUCUACUACUUGGUUCAAGAUAUAUUUAAAGGUUCCACAGAAAUGGAUAGAUUCAGGUGAACAGUUACUAUUUGAUUGGAAUUGUAACAAUGAAGGUGUAGUUAUCGAUCCUGAAACACUACUACCUGUUACUGCGUUUUCUGGAGGUGAAAGAACCGAAUAUCUGUUACCCAAGAAUAACACAGGUGAAUAUCUGUUCUACAUCGAGGCAGGUAAUAAUGGGAUGUUUGGCUGUGGUGCAGGUUCCACGAUCAACCCUCCAGAUGAAAAUAGGUACUUUCAUCUAGAUACUGUUGACAUUGUUUGGCCUGAUUGGGAAGCCCGUGCCCUUUACUUUGAUUUCUGGAUGUUAAGUGACGCAGCAAGAGAGCUACCAGGCGAUACUUGGCAAAAACAUAGGGCUAGACAUGUUGCAAAUAAGGUAAUGGACCUAUUUGACAUCAACAAUAGGUCUAGUGUCGCAGAAUGUCGUGAAUUAAUCAAAAGUGAAUACUUUGAUGAAUACGCAGAUACAGCAGAAGUGUUUUACAAGGGCGAUUCUCAACAAUUAGCUAGCGUUUAUGGUAUUGGGAACUGUCACAUCGACACUGCCUGGUUGUGGCCAUUUGCAGAAACGAAAAGAAAAAUUGUUCGUUCAUGGGCUUCCCAAUGUGUGCUGAUGGACGAAUAUCCUGAAUAUCAGUUUGUCGCUUCGCAGGCUCAACAAUUCAAGUGGCUUUUGCAAAAUCAUCCAGAUUUUUUCAACAAUGUCAUUAUACCAAAAGUCCAGCAAUCACAAUUCAUACCAAUCGGGGGCUCAUGGGUAGAAAAUGAUACCAAUAUUCCCUCUGGAGAGUCGUUGGCAAGACAAUUUUUCUUUGGCCAAAGAUUUUUCUUGAAGCACUUUGGAUUUAAAUCUGAUAUAUUUUGGUUACCUGACACUUUCGGUUAUUCCUCACAAAUUCCUCAACUAUGUCAAUUAUCGGGGAUCACCAAGUUUUUAACCCAAAAACUAUCUUGGAAUAAUAUUAAUAGUUUCCCUCAUUCGACUUUUAACUGGGCAGGCCUUGAUGGGUCUCAGUUGUUAACGCAUAUGCCACCAGGGAAUACAUACACAGCAGAUUCUCAUUUUGGCGAUGUCUUACGUACAGCAAAACAAAACAAAUCGAGUGAGUUUUAUGGAUCGGGCUUGAUGUUAUACGGUAAGGGUGACGGCGGUGGAGGACCUACUAGAGAAAUGCUAGAGAAAAUGAGACGUAUUAGAUCUAUGAGUAACCGUAAUGGAAAUGUCAUUCCAAAAUUACAUGUUGGGGCCACUGUAGAUGAUUUUUAUCAAGAUAUCUUAGAUAAAACAGAUAGUGGUAAAAACUUACCGACAUGGAUGGGCGAGCUUUAUUUUGAAUUCCAUAGAGGCACAUACACAAGUCAGGCAAAUACAAAGAAAUUAAUGAGGAUGGCAGAGAUCAGAAUCCAUGAUCUUGAGUGGAUUGCUACGAAGACCUCCAUUCUAUUCCCUGAUUCCUUCUCCUAUCCCGUAAAUCAAAUAAAUGAACUUUGGGAAAACAUCUUGUUGUGUCAGUUUCACGAUGUCCUACCAGGAUCUUGUAUCGAAAUGGUUUAUAAGUAUGAAGCAGUUCCUAUGCUACGUAAUGUUGUAAAGAAAACCGAAGAAAUGAUUAAUGAUAUUAUUAGCUAUCUGGAAAGGAGCCGAGAAAACUCAAAACUUGUGGGAGUCUCAACUUUGUCCUGGAAACGUAAUUUAGCAAAGUCACUAAAUUCGCAGGACAGCGUUAGUAUUGAUGUCACUGACGAUUCCUUUAUUCUUUCCAAUGGCGUUCUAACAGUAACAAUUAAUAAAGUCAGCGGCACAAUUACUAGCUUGAAAACAACUGAUGUUGAUGCUGAAUUUAUUGAUUUAAAAAACGGGAGAAAUAAAGUUGGAGCCAACCAAUUUGUCUUGUUUGACGAUAAACCCUUAAGCUGGCAAGCUUGGGACACUGAAUUAUAUUCAGUGGACCAAUAUAAGUACUUAACUGAUAUCGAAAGGGUUCAUGUUACGUGCAAUACGCCCGAAAAGUGUACAGUCGAAGUAACUGUUAAAUUAUCAGAUACAUGUAAGAUUACCUCUUCGAUAUCAUUAGCCGCUCAUGAUAAAAAUAAUGAGGAAGGGAAUUUCGUAGAUAUCACAUGUUCCGUAAGCAAUUGGGAUAGAAGAAAUGAGUUUUUGAAAGUGGAGUUUCCAGUUAAUAUCCGUAAUGAUUUUGCUUCUUACGAAACGCAGUUUGGUGUGACCAAGAGACCAACGCACUAUAAUACAUCAUGGGAUGUAGCAAAGUUUGAAGUCUGUGGUCACAAAUUUACUGAUUACUCCGAAUAUACAAAAGGUGUUUCAAUAUUGAACGACUCUAAAUAUGGGUUUUCGACUCAUGGAAAUUUAAUGAGGUUAUCGUUGCUACGUUCACCUAAGGCUCCAGAUGCACACGCUGAUAUGGGCGAUCAUAAAAUGAGGUACGCAAUAUAUCCUCAUAAAAACGGGUUAUCAAGCAAGACGGUGAGAUUAGCUUAUGAAUAUAACUAUACUGGAAAUUAUGGAAUUCCAGAUUCACUAAUAAGCAGAUUUGAAAGUAUAAUUGGGAUCAAAGGGGAUGAAAAUGUUGUUUUAUCGAACAUAAAAAGAGGCGAAGACGAUUCAGAACUGAAAUCGGAAUAUUCACUGAAACCAGAAGAUUCUAAAAGUAUGAUAGUGAGAGUUUUUGAAUCGUUAGGGGGCGAAUCGAGGGCUAUAUUGUCUACUUCACUUCAUUUAAAGAACGUUACAAAAAUCGAUAACCUUGAAAUGGAACAAUACGAAGAGGUUGAAUUCACAAAGGAUAAAAAUGGAGAGGACCUUUUCGCAAUUGCAAUUGCCCUAAGACCAUUUGAAGUUGCCUCAUAUAGGUUGGAAUACAUGUGA